AGAGAUCUGAGCAGCAAUGGGGGACAAGGGAAUCCUGUGUAUUGGGCUGGUGUGUCUGGAUAUUAUCAGUGUGGUGGAAAAAUACCCAGAGGAGGACUCUGACAGCAGGUGUCUGUCUCAGCGCUGGCAGCGGGGGGGCAAUGCCUCGAACUCCUGCACCGUCCUGGCACUUCUGGGGGCUCCGUGCGCUUUCAUGGGCUCACUGGCCCCGGGGCACAUGGCUGACUUCAUCGUGUCAGACUUCCAGAGGAGAGGGAUUGGUACCAGUAAUGUGAGUUGGCAAAGUCGGGGGGACACGCCGUGCGCUUGUUGUUUGAUAAACACCUCCAGUGGCUCCCGGACUGUGACGUUGUAUGACACAAACCUGCCCGACGUGACAGAAGAAGACUUCCAGAGGGUGGAGCUGACCCAGUACAAGUGGAUUCACUGGGAGGGCAGAAAUGCAGACGAGCAAGUGAAGAUGAUCCGCAGAGUGGAGGAGCACAACAGGGGCCGCGGCGCAGAAGAGCCAAUCACUAUCUCUGUGGAAAUUGAGAAGGAAAGGGAGGAGCUCUACCAACUCUUCGCAUACGGGGACGUGGUGUUUGUCAGUAAGGAUGUGGCGCGUCACUUUGGCUUUAACUCUGCGCGGGAGGCUGUGUGCGGCCUGUACCCCCGGGUGAGAAAGGGGGCCUACCUGGUGUGCGCGUGGGCAGAGCAAGGGGCAGACGCUUUGGGCCCUGAUGGUUCCGUCGUCCAUUCCGGCGCCUUCUCUCCUGAGAACAUUGUCGACACCUUGGGAGCCGGAGACACGUUCAACGCCUCAGUGAUCUACUCCCUGUCCAAAGGUCAGAGCAUGCAGGAAGCUCUCACAUUUGGGUGCCAAAUGGCUGGCAAGAAAUGUGGGGUGCAAGGCUUUGAUGGCUUCAUCUGAGUCCUCUGGAAACUGCCAGCUCACCCACCAAUGAUAAACCUUGGGCAGCAGCAAGAAGGGCACUAACGCCCAGCCUGUGGCGCCCUCACCUGGUGGAACUCAUAGCUGCUCAACUGGGACCAUAUGAACUGGGACCAUAUGAACUGGGACCUGAAAUGCACAAACCUUAUGUUCCCUAACACUAGGGGUCACUAGUGAGCAGCUGUAUAUAAAUAUAUAAAAAUUCCAUUUGUAGCCACAGAUCUGUCAGAAACUCAUUGUUUCACUCAGCAGCUGCUCCUUUUUCUUGGCUUUCAGGUGAUGGGCAUAUCCAGGAGACCCAAGCAUGGCAGCUGCCAUCCCAUAGGCACUACGUAUAGCUUAUUUCCCCCUGGGUUUGCCCAUAGCCUGUACAGAGAUACACACCAGAAAAUGGAUCCCCUGUGACAAGCACAAUCAAGCAGGAACAGCCCCCCAGAACUAUGCCAAACUAGCUGUAGCCGUAUCAUCAUAAUGAUUGGGGUGACAGGUGUAGUUGUAGGGUCCUUUGAGCAGACUGUGCCCCUCCAUAUAACUCUUAUUGCCCAGUGACCUGUUUAGUUGGGACCUCCCACUCUGUUACUGGGAACCAUAUCACUGCCUUUCCUCCACUGUCCCAGGUAUCCUUUGCUCAGCCCUGGGGAUGGGGGUUCCAAAUAAAUUGUCUCCCCCAGUGUUUCAGGAUUGACUUGGCCUUCAAACUACUGGGUAAACCCAGGUCUAUAUCUUAUGGUGUUUCCUUCAUUUAGUCCAUUAUUCUUUCUGUCUCUCAGUCAUUCUCUAGCCUUCUGGUGCACCCUAUGGAGAUGUGCGUUUGUGGGACAGGGACACUGGAUUUGGAGAAGAUUGAGCGGGUCUAGUAACCAGCCAUCACAUUGUAUUACUUAUUACUCAUUUAUUAUUAUUAAAAGAAACCUGAGAAUUAGCAGAAAUAAGUGGUUCUGAUGGAACAGACACAGCCAGGCACUCGCCAAUAAUCUCAGCCCAAUGAGAAGGAGACAAAGAAGUGGUUGCCUGAGGCUUGGGAUCAAGAUGUUCUUGAUGGUCCAGAACAAGUCCAUGUUGGUGGGAUAUACAAGCCAAACAUGUUAUGGACCUUACACACGCUUUCUUUAAUGCUCCAUGCAUCUCCAGCCAGCGGAGACCAAGACACUCUUUAGUGGUCAUCGGCUCAUCUGAAGCCUGUGCAACCAUGACUUGUUCCAAAUAAAAUUAAAUUCUUAAGAUAAAUUCA